GGGAGAGAGACGUGCAAGCCUCCAACAACAACAAAUACCCAGCAGCAGCAGCACGGUGAGAGACGUGCAAGCCUCCAACAACAACAAAUACCCAGCAGCAUGGGGAGACGUGCAAGCCAACAAUACCUAGCAGCACGGUGAGAGAGACGUCCAAGCCACCAACAACAAAUAGCAGCAGCAUGGGGAGAGAGACGUCCAAGCCACCAACAACAACAAAUACCCAGCAGCAGCAGCAACACGCGGUGCCAGGCUAGGUGCAUCACGCUGUGUCAGGCAAGGUGCAUCACGCUGUGCCAGGCUAGGUGCAUCACGCUGUGUCAGGCAAGGUGCAUCACGCUGUGCCAGGCUAGGUGCAUCACGCGGUACCAGGCUAGGUGCAUCACGCUGUGCCAGGCUAGGUGCAUCACGUGGUGCCUGUGCAUCACGCGGUGCCAGGCUAGGUGCAUCACGCGGUGCCAGGCGAGGUGCAUCACGCUGUGCCAGGCUAGGUGCAUCACGCUGUGUCAGGCAAGGUGCAUCACGCUGUGCCAGGCUAGGUGCAUCACGCGGUGCCAGGCUAGGUGCAUCACGCUGUGCCAGGCUAGGUGCAUCACGUGGUGCCUGUGCAUCACGCGGUGCCAGGCUAGGUGCAUCACGCGGUGCCAGGCUAGGUGCAUGACGCAAGGCGUCCUUUUCUUCUACGGGCGAGGCUGAGCGGAACCGGAAACCUCCCAAUGGAAGAAGAGGCGGGGUUACGUUUAUUGUGGCGGAUUUUUUUAAUAACUUUUUAUUCACGUCGAUUAAUACACCGCCCUGCGCUUUUUGCGUUUCUAUUAAAGGAUUUGUGAAUGUAAGAAAAUAAAUAUUAAUAUUAACUAAAAGUUAUUUGUUUUACUAUUUGCAUUGGAGCAAAGGGAAAUCUGGCAGUACCGGAAGAGGCGGGGCUUACGCACUAAUUUUUAGUCGCAUUCUUUUUAUUGAUCGAAAUAGCGAUAUGCGACUUUUGUUCAAGGCGUUUUUCGUUCCCGUGAAUAUUAAUACGUGAACAUUGUUAUUAAUUCGUAUAUUAAUCAUUAUUACAAUUAUUUCGUCAGAGCCGAGCGGAAGCGGAAACUGGCCACCGCCGGAAGAGGCGGGGCUUACGCUCUGCGUAUGUUUUUUAAAAAAGAUGCAUUUUGUUAUUGUCACGCGCGGCGCUACGCGACUUUUCGCGCAAGCUAUUUUUUUAAAUUUCGUUUAGCGUGAUAAUUAAUGCGUAAACAAUUUCGUUAAUUAAUAUUGCAACUUCAUUAUUUGCUCAGUGGAAGCCACGACCGGAACCGGAAGCGGUAAAUAAAUAAUUAACCCCGGCGCCCAAGAUGGCGACGGCCGAUCGAACGCCUCCCGCCAAGAGGCGGCGCCUCGAGGCGGCGGACGACGACGAGGAGGAGAAGGAGAAGACGACGACGACGCGGGAGGCGAGCGGCGAGGAGCAGCGACUGCCGAGCGUGGCGGCUGCGGCGGCUGCCGUCGUCUCCUCGAUUGCUUGUCCAGAGAACUCUGUCCCCGGUGUCUCUGCGAGACACGUGAAGAACGAGGAGAGACAGAGACAUGGGGAUGGUGGAGACGGUGCUGGUGGACGAGGUGGACCUGAAGGAGGAGGCGACGAUGGUGGAGGAGGAGGAAGUGGACCUGGAGGAGGAGACGAUGGUGGAGGAGGAGGAGGUGGACCUGGAGGAGGAGACGAUGGUGGUGGAGGAGGUGGAGCUGUAAAAGUUGUACCUGGUGGAGGCGGACCUGAAGGAGAAGACGGUGGAGGUGGUGGACCUGGAGGAGUUGGAGGAGGAGGUGGUGGUGGAGCGCCUGGGAAAGUUGGACCUGGCGGAGCUGGGCCACUGCCUCUGUGUGCCGCCGCCGCAGCUGCUUCCCCAGCCACCGCCGCCGCCGCCGCCGCCUCCUCCUCCUCAUCGCUGUGGCAGAGGCUGCUGCUGCUGCGGCUUCUGUCCGAGUCGGAGGCGGCCUCCCGCAGGCGCCGGCGGAAGGAGGUGGCGCUGAUGAGGAGGACGAGGAGGAGGACGAGGAGGAGGAUAGCGGACGGGGGGGGCAUCGACGCUGUCGUCGCGCUGCUGAGGAACGCCAAGAGGGUCGUGGUGCUCACGGGAGCCGGGGUCUCAGUCUCGUGUGGCAUCCCGGAUUUCCGGUCUCCCGGCUCCGGCCUCUUCUCCCGGAUUCACGCCGAGUUCCCCGACCUGCGUGACCCCCAGGCUCUCUUCGACCUCCAGCACUUCACCUCCGAUCCACGACCUUUCUACAAGUUUGCCAGGGAGAUGUUUCCCGGGCGCUUCUCUCCCUCCCUGAGUCACCGUUUCGUCGCACAAUUGGAGAAAGAGGGGCAACUGCUCAGGAACUACAGCCAGAACAUCGACGGCCUGGAGACGCAGGCCGGGGUGACGCGGGUGAUUCAGUGCCAUGGCUCGUUUGACUGGGCCUCGUGUCUGGUUUGUGGACACAAAGUGUCUAGCGACGACAUCCGCGACGACGUGGAGAGACAGCGGGUCCCGCUGUGCCCCGUGUGCCCCCCGUCCGAGCGGGGGGCCGUGCUCAAGCCCGGGGUGAUUUUCUUCGGGGAAAAUCUGCCCCCCCAAUUUCACCGAGCAGUUCGGAGCGACCGCGAGAGCGGCGCCGAUCUCCUGCUGACAAUGGGCUCCUCACUGAGAGUGAGGCCUGUGGCUCUCAUACCCAGCUGGCUGGCCCCCUGCGUCCCCCGCGUGCUCAUUAACCGCGAGCCUCUCCCCCACUUCGGGGUCACCCCCUUCGACGUGGAGCUGCUGGGAGACUGCGACGCCGUGGUGGGGGAGCUCUGCCUGCGUCUGGGGGGUGCCUGGGCCCGGCUCUGCCCGCCCGGGGCGCAGACGCUGUGGCAACGGACGCACGCGGGUGGGGGCAAGCGGGGCAAAGAGGCGCGGGUGGGGGCAGGGCGGGCGAGGGGGGCGGCCGUGGGAGAAGCGGCGGAAGCAGUGGGAGUGGCGGCAGAAUUGCGGGGAGGAGACGCGAGGCGGGGUGGAGAAGCGCAGGGAGAAGCGCGGGGAGCAGAAGCGCAGGGGGAAGCGACGGAAUCGCGGGGAGCAGAAGCGAGGGAAUCGAAUGGAGAAGCGAGGGAUGCAACGGGAGACGCACGGGGAGGAGAAGCGGUGGAAGCGAGCGGUGAAACUCGAGGCUCAAUGGAAGGAGCGACGGAAGCGAGGGGAGACGCGAGAGAAUCGAGGGCAGAAGCGACAGAAUCGAGGGCAGAAGCGACAGAAUCAAGGGCAGAAGCAAGAGAAUCAAGGGCAGAAGUUACAGAGUCAGGGGCAGAAGCGACAGAAUCAAGGGCAGAAGCGACAGAAUCAAGGGCAGAAGCGACAGAAUCAAGGGCAGAAGCGACAGAAUCAGGGGCAGAAGCGACAGAAUCAAGGGCAGAAGCAACAGAAUCCAUGGCAGAAGCGACAGGAUCAGGGGGAGAGGCGAGGACAGAAGAAGCCGGCACAAGGGGAGCAGCAGUGCAAGCGUACCGAGACGCGAGAGAAGCGAGAGGAUUGGCAGGAGCGAAGGGGAAUGCGAGAGGGGGAGCAACAGAGGCGUGGCGAGAUGCCGUAGGCACACGGAGGGAAGCAAUGGAAGCAGAGGGAGCAGUGCGUAGGGAAGCGAUUGAAGCGUACAGAGAAGCCAGGGACGCCAGGGAAGCGAUGGCAGCACGGAGGAGGGAGGGGGGAGGAAUUGGACGAGCAGGAGACACAACGGGAGGAUCAGUGACGGGAGAAGCAGGGGGAGAAGCUGGAGAAGCAGGAGAAGCGAGGGGAGAAGCAGGGGGAGAAGCGAGGGGAGAAGCAGGAGAAGCGAGGGGAGAAGCAGGGGGAGAAGCAGGAGAAGCAGUAGAAGCGAGGGGAGAAGCAGUAGAAGCAGUAGAAGCAGGAGAAGCGAGGGGAGAAGCAGGGGGAGAAGCGAGGGGAGAAGCGAGGGGAGAAGCGAGGGGAGAAGCGAGGGGAGAAGCAGUAGAAGCGAGGGGAGAAGCAGUAGAAGCAGUAGAAGCGAGGGGAGAAGCAGGGGGAGAAGCGAGGGGAGAAGCAGGAGAAGCAGUAGAAGCGAGGGGAGAAGCAGUAGAAGCAGUAGAAGCGAGGGGAGAAGCAGGGGGAGAAGCAGGGGGAGAAGCAGGAGAAGCGAGGGGAGAAGCAGGGGGAGAAGCAGGGGGAGAAGCGAGGGCGGUGAAGGCCGCAAGGGGUGCGAUGUUGGAAGCGGCGAGGGAAGCGACGGAGGAAGCGAUGGCCGAGGCCGGGGCGAGGGAAGCGGCGGCCAUGAUGAGCCGGAGACGGAGGAGGAGGAGGAGGAGGAGAAGGAGGAGUGGGGGCGGUGCUGCCGCCCCGGUGCAUUGUGGGAAGAGGGGGCAAGUGUCAGAGGCUCACGGGAAGGGGGCGGCCGUGCUGGGAGGAGGGGGGCGCCCCCAGCCCGCUGCAUUCUGGGAGGCCGAUACGAGAGAGCCAAUCGGCAAGCGGCUCAAAGAAGACGAGUUCCUCUUCAUCCCUCCGAGCCGCUUCAUCUUCCACGGUGCUCAGGUUUACGACGAAGACGUUGAGAACCCAGCCACAUCGUCGUCAUCGUCGUCGUCGUCGUCGUCACGAUCAUCGUCACCAUCGUCUUCAUCAACAUCUUCCUCUCCAUCUUCAUCAUCGCCGUCAUCGCGAUCGUCGUCAUCGCCAUGCUCAACCUCUCCAGCGUCACCGCAGGCUGACAUUGAUGAGGUGGACCUGAGCAACUACAUCUUCUCCUUGGACGAAGAGGUGGACGGGGACGACGACGAGGAGGGGAGUGGUGGUGAAGGUGGCAGUGAUGAUGAGGGGCAGGAGAGGGAUCCCGAGCAUCGUCCCGAAGAUAACGGAGCCGCCGGUGGUGGUGGUGGUGGUGGUGAUGACGACGCUUGGGUGGUUUGACCUUGAAUUGACAAGGUGGACGAGGUGGUUGGUGUGUG